GGCUAGAUAGACUAUAUCUGGUCGAUAAUAAAUCUACAAACAUAUGGUGAAAAGAACCCUGAUUGUUUCAAGAAAAUCUUUCAACAAAUUCUUUUCUCUCUUAACUGACAAAAUCUGCAGACCUCCAUUAGAUCUGCAAUUAACUAGAAAAACAUACACACAAUCGCUGUUUUUUUAAUGGAUAUUUAGCGCCGUAUAUGGCAAGAGGAAUGAUUCCUUUGCUUCCGGAAUGCGAAAGUCUACUAAUCAGAAUUAGAGUUGAUAAAUGAGUUAAGAUUAAGCUUUUGAAAUCUCUAGAACUCUAAUAUAUUUUUCUGUUAGUAUAUAUGUGACUGUAAAUUGAUUUAAUAUACAAAACCUUUUCUGUCUUGAUCUUUUUUAAAUGCAUACUUCAUAAUCACAUUGCUGCCGAAUGUUGUGAAAUCAAUCGAUCUUUGAAAACUUUGUUGAGCGUCACUUUCGUUCGCAUGACGAACAAUUGCGUAUCUAAAAAGCUCAUUAAGAUAAGACUAUGAGUAUUAUGAGUCUAAAUUCUGCUUAUUCAAGAUUUCUAAAAAAUUAUUUGAUUAGACAACAGGAGUGCGUGAAACAUUUUUAAACCAGGUAUUCAGAAACUCUAAAAGACAACCAGAACGCUUCUUAAUGAGGCAUGAUUGUAGAUCGCAAAUUUCUGAUUAAAAUGAGAUAUCUCCCAGCUCUACACGACCUUUCUUUGCAACGUUAUAGAAUUUACACGAAAAGUCCUAAAUUAAUUUGUUCUUAUUUCUGUGGGUUUGAGCUGAACAUUUAGGGCUUUUCGUGUAAAUUCUAUAACUUUGCAAAGAAAGGUCGUGUAGAGCUGGGAGAUAUCUCAUUUUAAUCAGAAAUUUGCGAUCUACAAUCAUGCCUCAUUAAGAAAGGUUUUGGUUAUUUUUAGAGUUUCUGAAAAAGUGGCUUUCCAGAAAUUCGAUCUCUGGAGGCCUAGCAGCACAAACCGACAUCAGAUUCGGAUUUAGCGCAGUCGAUUACCUAUUAUUCACUAGAUUUCAAGCAAAAAGCGAUUGCACACUUGGGGACCUUUCCUCGUUCGUCAUUUGUACAUGAAUGUGUAAUAUCGUAGGGGUAUAGAAAAUGUCUUUAGUGGUCUAUUCCUUCUUAUACAGAUAAUGUAUGCUUGUUUUUGUCAUAAAACAAUGUAUUUUUAAUAUUAAAAUAGUUCUGUUGUUAUCUUUCUGAUAUUAAAAAUGAGUGUCCUUCUUCUUUGAAAAAGAAAACAGGAAAAUCAAUGUUCUUUAAAAUAAAAAAUAUCAAGAACUUUUUAUUCUUCUCUUUUCACUGUUAUAAGUUGUAAUAAAAACAAAGUAUGCUGAAUAUACGACACAACAUACGACUUUAUCAGUACAUCAAAUUACUUCUUCUUUUCUUCUCGUUUUUUGCAUUAAAAGUAACUAUCAAAAGUUAGCGUAUAUACCUUCGAAUUAGAAGAGAAAAUCGUAUAUGCUUUAUUUUCAUUCUUAAGAAGAGAGAAAGAUAGCAAAAGAGAGAGAGAGAGAGGGCCCCUUUGACGAUUUUUAUAGUGAUUAGAUUCUGAGGAAAGAAGAGAAAAAUAAUGAUGAACAAUUAUGCGUUCUGAAAUUUAAGAUUGUCUUUUAUCUUUUUGAAAGAAGACAUCCUUCUUAUUUUUCCUGUUAAUCAAAAUGAUAAGACCUAGAAAAUCCACAAUUACAAAGUAGGAUCAAUUGUGUAUAUAUCUCGUAAACAAUGUAUUCUCGUUCUUUUUGGAUAUUUUAGUAGCGAGUUAUCUAUUAUUGAAAAAAAAUUACGUGUAGAAGAUUUUUGUUUAUUGCGACAUCGUUUUACUAAUACAAAUGAGGCGUUCAAUCCUGACGAUGCAAUAAAUCAUUUAUCCGAUGAUAUUAAUGAAAAGUCAUUACGUUCAUUAAACAAAGAAAAUUUUAUAGAAUCAUUCGAAGGUAUAAUCGAUAUUAAUCUAUAUAAAAAUCAAUUAGAAAAACUAUUUGAUAAACUUAAUUCAAAAGAAACUGAUUUAGUUAGUUGGAAUGACUUUUGUACAUAUAUAUUACAAUAUUUUCAAGAAGAAGAUUAUGUUAAUUCUCUUCGAACAUUACCUUUUAAUAGUCAACCAAAAAUUCGACAUGUACCACAGAAUAAACAAGAAGUAACAGUAAAAAUCUUACAUUUGGAAAAUCCCGUAAAAUUUGUUACCAUUAGUAAAGUACGCAUAUUUUACUAA